AUGAAUUAAUAACAGUGUAAUUACCAUUAUAGUUUUAAAUUUAUCAUAGUAGGUAAUUCUGGGGUUGGGAAAAGUUGUUUACUCCAAUAAUUUAUUGAAGGUUAAUUUAAAAAUAAUAUUGAUUCAACUAUUGGGAUUGGAUUUGGAUAGAAAGACAUUGUUUAUAAGGAUAGUGUAAUUAGAAUUAAUAUAUGGGAUACUGUAAACUUCUUAAUAUUAGUUAGGCAGGUUAAGAAUCAUUUAGGUCUAUUACAAGAGCAUAUUAUCGAGGGUAAAGAAAAGAAAUUUAAUAUUUAGAUCAAUUGCAUGUUUAUUAGUUUAUGAUGUGACCAAGAAAAAAUCAUUCCAUCAUCUCAUUAAUUGGUUAAAUGAGGUAAAGUAAGAUUCAUUAGCUGAAAUAAUGAUNGAAAAAAAAGGUGAAGAAAAGAAAUCUUCUAAAACAUGGUGGAAAUCUUUAUUUUGA